UUCCAAUAUAAAGAUAAGAUCAAGGCAUAAUUUUCACUCCGACAGAAAUACUUUAUUUUGUAGUUUUAGACUAUGUUGGCGGAGAGAAAUAAAGGAAUAUUGAGAUGGGUAGUUUUCCUUUGGCUAAUUAUUCAUCGUGCGAAGGCGUCGCAAUGUUUCUGUACUCCUGACGACUCCUCAAGUUCUGUGCAUAGUCGGCCAUAUGCAGUAUCAGAAACUAUUGGAUUUAUGGAAUCAAAAACGUGUUUCCAUGGUUACCUCGUACGUGGCAUGGAAUGGAUAAAAGUCGACAAGACUGACAUAUAUAUUCGCAGAGAUUUGCUGAGACCGUGCCCUGAUGGCCUUAUCAAAACGAUUGCCGCAAACGGCUUUAGAAGUUUGAAGACUGGAAAGACAACCAAUUCAAGAAUACGGCAAGAAGAAAAGCGAUUUCUUCUAGACAAUCCGAAUCAUGCACAUUGUGACUUCGAAGUCCAAUCGUUUUGCUCGUGGAAAAACAUACAAGGUGGUCAUGAUGACUUUGACUGGGUUCUGUAUCAAUCAUCAACACCCACGGACGACACGGGUCCUAAGUUUGACCAUACUUUGAAUAAUGCAACAGGAUCGUAUAUCUUCACUGAAUCAAGUGCUCCGCGAAGCAUGCUUGAUACAGCUUGGAUCCAAAGUCCAGAGAUCGACGCUUCAGACGGCACUGUCCAUUGCUUUCGGUUCUGGUAUCACAUGUUUGGAUCUUCAAUCGGUCGCCUGAAUGUUUACCAAGUGACGUACGGUAGUCUUCCUGGCAAUCUAGUAUGGUCUCUAACUGGCGAACAAGGUAGCACGUGGAUGGAAGGACAAGUGCCACUCAGAUCGAAUCAUAGUUACUCGAUGUUGAUCAGUGGCAUUGUUGGAAACGGUUAUCAAGGAGAUAUUGCCAUUGAUGACGUGAGUGUGUCGGCAGGAUACUGUGAGGUCAAGCCGUCAAUCGCUUCCAGAACUGACGUCACAAACAAUGUUGAUGCACAUUGGUCGGCAUGGUCUUCUUUCACACCGUGCAGCGAAACAUGCGGCGGAGGACAACGUAUUAAAACACGUCAUUGCAUGCAUGCCCCCAGUGCCCCAAUUGGAUUGACUUGUAAUGGCUCGUCGGUAUAUUUAGAGCAAUGCAAUACAAACGAAUGCCCAGUUGAUGGUGUUCCUCUUGACUGGAAUGCUUGGUCUUCCUGCUCCGCAAGCUGUGACGAUGGAGUCCGAACCCGAACUAGAGACUGCUACUUUCCUCCAAACAAUACCCACGGAGCUUUUUGUUCAGAACAACUGAACGAGACAGCGUCAUGUAACGUCCAGCCAUGUCCAUCCGACGGUUCUUGGUCGGAGUGGUCUAAUUGGUCAACGUGUACACAUACAUGUGGUCUUGGUGCGAUACGAUUUCGGGCCAGGGUCUGCGUGUUUGAGUACGGGAGGCCACAAGGAGAGUACUGCCUGGGUGACAACAUAGAUCGCGAAACAUGCCAGCUCGACAUGUGUGCAGUUGAUGCCCGUUGGUCUACAUGGUCUGCUUUUACCACAUGCAGCAAAACAUGCGGCGGAGGACAACGAACUAAAACACGUCAAUGCAUUUUGAAUCAAAAUGUCCAGCCGGAACGAAACUGCACUGGCCUAUCAUUUAUAUCUGAAGAGUGCAAUACUAACGUAUGCCCCGUUGAUGGUGUUCUCCUUUCGUGGAAUCCCUGGUCCUUCUGUUCUGUGAGCUGCAACGGUGGUGUUCAAUACCGUUCCAGGAACUGUUACUUCCCCCAAAACAUACCGCAUGGAACGGAUUGUAUUGGGCAAUUGACAGAAACCAACGUCUGUAACAUCCAGGAAUGCCCAACGACUACGAAGCCACCAUCAACAACAACGUUACCGGCGUCUGAUGGCCACUGGUCAAACUGGACCUCAUGGACUGUGUGCACGCUAACAUGUGGGGGCGGGCAACAGUAUCGAGAGAGGCAGUGUACUUACCCCGACCACACCUUACAUGGACAAUACUGCCCGGGGCCCAAAAAUCAAACGCAGGAGUGCAAUUCCCGGAACUGUCCAGUGGACGGCAUUUGGACUCAGUGGUCCGCUUAUUCCAAAUGUUCUGUUUCUUGCGCAAGUGGUUUCCAAACCAGGACAAGACAGUGCCAGUUCGAUCCAAGGUAUGACAGAGGCAAUAGCUGUCCAGGAAAUGAUACAUCUACUCAGUUAUGUGACAAUGGACCUUGUCCUGUUGACGGUGAGUUCGAAAACUGGAGCACGUGGAACGCUUGUCCGGUCACGUGCGGAGGAGGAAUACAAGAUCGCGUGCGCGUCUGUCACUUCCCACCUAACUUUCCCCAUGGUUUGGACUGUUUGGGAAUCUCACACGAGAACCAGACAUGUGGAAAUACAGAUUGCCCAGUCGAUGGAGUAUUAACGGAAUGGUCACAGUGGGCCGACUGCACCUUAACUUGCGGAGGCGGCUAUAGAUUUAGGAACAGGACAUGCUACUUUCCACCCGACAAACCACACGGCCAUGAAUGCGUUGGAAACUUAAAUUUGUCCAUAGCCUGCUCCUCUCAAUCAUGUCCAGUGGACGGUGUUUGGAACGAUUGGGCAUCAUGGGCCACGUGUUCUUUGACCUGCGGAGGAGGGUCACAGAAGAGGACGAGGAAGUGUCAUUAUGACGGUCACCGUCAUGGGACCCCAUGCGCCGGACCAGACACGGAGACGAGGGAUUGUAGCACCGAUCACUGCCCAAUUGAUGGUAAUUGGAACACUUGGAACUUAUGGACCUCAUGUUCGGUUACCUGUAGCAACGGAACAAAGUCUCGUGCUAGAGAAUGUUAUUUUCUGCCUAAUGAGCCCAAGGGCAACAACUGCUCUGGGAGCGCCAACGAGACUUUGGAUUGCAAUCUUGGGUUAUGUCCAGUCGACGGUGUGUGGCACAGCUGGACAACGUGGUCUACAUGCACAGUCACCUGUGGAAACGGCACAUCAUCUCGUGACAGAGUAUGUGAUUUCCCGGACAAUACGCCGCAUGGACGUAACUGCACAGGAAGCAACUCCGAUGCGCGCUCUUGCAACGCUGAGUUAUGUCCAGUUGAUGGCAACUAUACUGACUGGGGCUCGUGGUCAGUUUGCUCGAAGACAUGCGGGGGUGGCAGCCAGGAGCGCAACAGGACUUGUGACUACGACCCAGUGGCGCCACAUGGCAACAAUUGCUCAUUACUGGGUGCAAACAGCCAAAUACAAGCAUGCUUGACAGAGAAUUGUCCAGUAAACGGAAUCUGGUCGUCCUGGAGCAACUUCACCGCAUGCACGGUGACCUGCGGCGGAGGAACUCAAGCACGGCUGAGGAAGUGCGAAUAUACACCGGGAUACCCGCAAGGAGACACGUGUGCGGGUUUCAAUAAUGAAACACAGCAGUGCAACACUGAUCUAUGUUCAGUUGAUGGCAAGCUGUCUGCCUGGGGUAGCUGGGACGCAUGUUCAAAGAGCUGUGCGAAUGGAACUCAAAGCCGACACCGUACAUGCGAUUACUCGCCUCCCACCGCGCCUCAUGGCAAAGCGUGCAGUGGUUCCUUAGAUGAAACCAUAAGAUGCCAUACAGAAAAAUGUCCAAUUGCUGGUCACUGGUCGCACUGGACAAACUUCACUGCGUGCAGUGUGACCUGUGCUGGCGGCACGCAUACAAGGAAUCGAACCUGCAUAUUCGAUGAUCCGGACGCACCCCAUCUUUCGGAGUGCUUCGGAAACACCAUGGAUACACAAAACUGCAACACACAGCCGUGCCCAGUGGACGGUGUUUGGGGUAUCUGGGGCUCGUGGCACACGUGUACGGUCACCUGCGGGGGUGGACAGAAGGUGAGGGACCGAACGUGUGACUUUCCGCAAGGAGUAGACCAUGGGAGGAACUGUACCGGACCGGAACAUGAAAUUGAUCAAUGCUCCAGCGAUCUUUGUCCAGUUGACGGAAAAUUUACACCAUGGAGUGCAUGGACACAGUGCACCUACAGCUGUGGAAAUGGUGAUCAGACGAGAAUACGGAAGUGUGAGUUCAAUGGAGGACCGCCCGGAACAAACUGCACUGGAAGCUACAGUGAAACACAGUCUUGCAGUCCGAACUCAUGCCCUGUGAAUGGCGACUGGUCGCCAUGGAGCGGCUGGGUGACGUGUUCCGUUUCCUGUGGAGGUGGAACAACGUCACGUAACCGAACGUGUACUUAUGAGAUGGGAAAACCACGUGGCGAUAACUGUACCGGUCCGACUAACGAUUCAAAGUCCUGUGGAACAGAUCCCUGUCCUGUUGACGGCACAUGGGGUCAGUGGUCACAUUUCACGCCAUGUGUCGAAACGUGUGGAAAUGGAACCAAGACGAGAAAUAGGACAUGUGAAUACACCGCUGGGCAUCCGCAUGGCAUCGCAUGUCCAGGAACUGACAAAGAUGUGCAGUACUGUAACACUGAGCCAUGCCCAGUGGAUGGUGUAUGGCUGCUGUGGACUGAUUGGACAGCUUGUAACGCCACCUGUGGUGGAGGCAGCAGAAACCGUACCCGGGAGUGCAAGUUCCCAACUCAUCAACAUGGAAACUACUGUGUUGGAAACGCAACAGAGACUGAGACAUGUAGCCCCAACCUAUGUCCAGUCAACGGUCACUGGAGUGCGUGGGGUUCAUGGACAGUAUGUUCUGUGAGCUGUGAUAUCGGACAACACACCAGGAACAGAACUUGUGAGUACGACAAAGUGGCGCCACAUGGGGCAAGAUGUCCUGGACAAGACCACGAGACGGCGUUCUGCUUCAUAUCUUACUGUCCACGUGAUGGAGUAUGGACUGGUUGGUCUCAAUGGAGCACAUGCUCUGCAACAUGCGGUGAUGGCAUAGAAACUCGAGGGAGGAAGUGUGUUAAUCCUGUUCCUUCAGCACCACUUGGCAAGGAUUGCGAAGGAUCAGUCAACGAAACACAGGCUUGCACCAAUAUUACGGACUGUCCAGUUGAUGGCUACUGGAGUGAAUGGGCAUCCUGGAGCACGUGCAGCGUUACCUGUGGCCAUGGCGACCGCUCUAGAAACCGCACGUGCCUGUUCGAGCAGGGUAAGCCCCGAGGUCACGAUUGUGUGGGACAGGGCUUGCAGACAGGCAGUUGUACAGAGAGCGUUUGUCCAGUUGAUGGCUACUGGAGUGAAUGGGCAUCCUGGAGCACGUGCAGCGUUACCUGUGGCCAUGGCGACCGCUCUAGAUACCGCACGUGCCUGUUCGAGCAGGGCAAGCCCCAUGGUCGGGAUUGUGUGGGACAGGGCUUGCAGACAGGCAGUUGUACAGAGAGCGAUUGUCCAGUUGACGGUGUAUGGAAUACAUGGGCGGCGUGGAGCAUAUGUAAUGUCACUUGUGGUGGUGGAACGAAGCAUCGGAUGCGAGAUUGCUACUUCCCUUCAAGUGCGCCACCAGGACUCUAUUGUAUAGGUGAAUUGGCUGAGAAAACAACGUGUAACGAAAAUUUAUGUCCAGUUGACGGCGUUCUGGAAGAAUGGAUGGCUUGGACAACGUGUUCAAAGACAUGCGGCGGUGGCAGCCAGACACGUUUAAGAGACUGCACGUUUCCUGGACUAGGACCAUUUGGAAAACCGUGCAACGGACAUACUAAUGAAUCACAGCCGUGCAACCCGCAAGUCUGUACGGCAGUUAUUAUUACACCAGUACCUACAACAGCAUCUACCACGACGCGAGCACCAACUUCACCAGCGCCAACUGUACCAUCAACGCCAGGGUCAACAACAACAACAACCAAAGCAUCAUCUUCUAUCACUUCUGCAACAGCUGCUGCUACAACUACACAAACAACAACAUCUACUGCUUUACCAACAACUACAACAACCUCCGAAACUACUACAGCACCAACGUCUGUGGUAACACGAAAAUGUCACGUUUGUCGCGGGACACCACAGAUCUGCGAACAGCUGUACGUGCUGCAGGAAUGUCCAGCAGACAAACAGUUCUGUAUCAACGAACUGACCAACAAAGAGGAUGCCUCCAGAACAGUCAACAGAAGAUGUGGAACCCAAGAUGAAUGUGACAACGGAUGGCACCAAACAUAUUCUGCUGACGGCAAAUGCAUCGGUUUCGACGAGAAUCUGGUGUACACAACGGAUUUCUACUGUGAAUAUUGUUGUAACGAGGACGGUUGCAACAAAUUGGUGCAUCCGCCAAUUACGUGGACGCCUUGAUCAGUUAUUGUGUAACAUCUGAAAAAAUAAAACAUUCAUAAUACUAAA